AUGGGUAACUGCUUCGGCUCCGAAGAGGCCGAUGUGGAGGCUGUCAAGGCGAUGGCGCAUCAUGCACAUGCCAGAGCAUCGAUGGCGAGGCCCGGCAUGGUCGCGCCCCAGCCCAAUGCACCCGUAGCAAUGAGCUCCCCGGGGCAGCCUCGGAAGUCGCCGAGCGCGCCCACGACCUCCAGCAGCGGCAGCGGAAGCAGCCGUCCGGUGGCUGGAGGCGGCACGAAUGGCGGCAGCGAGGCCAGCCCCAGCCGGGAGGGGAGGAUCCUGGAGGCGCCCAACCUCCGGAUCUUCACGUUCGCGGAGCUCAAGGCCGCCACGCGGAACUUCAAGUCGGACACCCUCCUCGGCGAGGGCGGGUUCGGGCGGGUGCACAAGGGCUGGGUCGACGAGAAGACCAUGAGCCCGGCCAGGAGCGGCGCCGGCAUGCCCGUCGCCGUCAAGAAGCUCAACCCCGAGAGCCUGCAGGGCGUCCAAGAAUGGCAGUCGGAGGUGAAUUUCCUGGGAAGGCUCAUCCAUCCCAACCUGGUGAGGCUGCUGGGGUACUGCUGGGAGGACAAGGAGCUCCUGCUCGUGUACGAGUACAUGGCCAAAGGCAACCUCGAGGAUCACCUCUUCAGAAACGAACCACGGAGCGCGGGCGCGUUCCAGCCGCUGUCGUGGAGCCUCCGGCUGCGCGUGGCGAUCGACGCGGCGCGCGGCCUGGCCUUCCUGCACUCCUCGGAGAAGCACGUCAUCUACCGGGACUUCAAGGCCUCCAACAUCCUCCUCGACACGCAAUUCCACGCGAAGCUCUCGGACUUCGGGCUCGCCAAGGACGGGCCGGCCGGCGGCAGCAGCCACGUGACCACCCGGGUGAUGGGCACCUACGGCUACGCGGCGCCGGAGUACGUGGCGACGGGGCACCUGUACGUGAAGAGCGACGUGUACGGCUUCGGCGUGGUGCUGCUGGAGGUGCUGAGGGGCCUACGCGCGCUGGACACGGACCGGCCCAGCGGCCAGCACAACCUGGUGGACUGGGCCAAGCCGCACCUGGCGGACCGCCGGAAGCUGGCGCGCCUCAUGGACCCGCGCCUCGAGGGCCAGUACUCGUCCAGGGGCGCGCAGCGGGCGGCGCAGCUCACGCUGCGCUGCCUCGCCGCCGAGCACACCAACCGGCCGUCCAUGAAGGAGGUCGUCACCGUGCUGCAGGAGGUCGAGUCCAUGUCCAAGGGCGCCGCCAGACCGGGAGACGGCUCCGUCGGCUCCGCCUCCCCGCGACCAAACAACGCACGGAGCGGUCAAGGUUACGGCCAGUCGCCACGGCCAGGGUACGUAUCGGAACGGGCCAGCCCGGCCGGCAGCCACGGCAGCCAGCACCCGUCUCCUCGAGUGAGGUAGCGACUGCAAUUGUUCUGCGGCGCUUGGAUUUGCACGUGGCGCGUGCUAAUGACGUUGCUGCGUCUGUCCUCUGAGCAUGUUAUUCUCAUGUGUCAUAUGGACGGAUGUGCGGUAAUCUGUAGGUUGGCAUGUUCGUAUCGGAACUCAACUCGCACAUCGUCAAACAAAAAAAUGAUUCACCCUGGAAGCCAGUUCAAAUUUUGUUGCGAAU